GAAGAGGUGGAGCGCCCGGAUGGCCAGACCGAGAUCGUUGAGCGAGGGAGAUGCGAGGUCCUCUUGGAGGCCCCAUUGGAAACCGUCUUUGCCCUCGUGGACGACCCAGCGGAGCGGAUGAAAUGGGAUGACAUCAUCGGCCCGAGUCUCCAGAAGCAUGAGUCGAAGGGCUUCAGCUUCGUGUCGUUCAAGUUCGAAGCGAUGAUGGGUUUGGCUGCACACGACUUCCUCCAGUGGGAUGCGCAGCAGGCCUUCGACCGCAACCGCCAGGAAUGCCAGGAUGUGGCAGGCCUGAGCCACUGGAGCCACGUGGUCCUAUGGCAGCCGGCAUCUAUGGCAGGGCCCGGCCUACCCCCAUACGAAGGUUGCUACAAGGCGGUUGCCUUCGCCGUUGGGUUG